GCUCCUCUACGCGCGGGUAGCCCGGUACAGUCGGGGGAGACAGAUGAGUUUGCCCGGGGUGUCCGCCAGAAGUGGACAACAUCCGCGCGGUUUCUGUCGUGUUUCCGCGAGUUCGGCCGGUGCCCAGUGGCUCGCUUGACUUCGGUCCGCCCGCUGUCAGUCAGUCAGUCGGCCGGCGGCGUCACAACAGGCCGGCGAGCCUCCGUUUUCUCAGAUGCGGGAGGCCUUAUUCCUUUUCAUGUAGCAAGAGCGAGAAACAGACAUGGGAAGUGAGCAUUACUGCCUCAGGUGGAACAAUCAUCAGAACAAUCUGCUCGGAGUGUUCAGUCAACUGCUGCAAGACGAGAGCCUGGUAGACGUGACUCUAGCCUGCGCCGAGGGCCACUCUAUCCGUGCACACAAGGUCGUACUGUCUGCCUGUUCAUCCUACUUCCAGUCUCUGUUUGUCGACCACCCCGGCCGCCACCCCAUCGUCAUCCUCAAGGACGUCAGCUUCUCCGAGCUCCGCACUCUGGUGGAGUUCAUGUACAGAGGGGAAGUGAACGUCGAGUACUGUAGAUUGUCCGCAUUGCUCAACACCGCAGAAAGCCUCAAAGUGAAGGGUCUGGCCGAGAUGACACAUCUGCACGGAGGGGGAGGAUCCACUGCCCCGCAGAGGCAAGAUGACUCUGAGCCUCCUCGUGUGGCGGAACAGCCCGGCUCUCCCGCUCCCCGUCCGGACACCCCGCCCCCACCACCCCCGCCACCACUACCUGCUUCGCCCCCCGAGACUGCCGAGCCUUGUGACGAAGAUGCUAGGAGUCGCUCGCCCGAUGCCGAUGAUGACCUCUCCUCCGUACACUCGGGCCCCAGUGAUAUGACAGUCAGCCGCCUGCCCUCACCCUCGGAGCCUCUACCCGGCCCAUCCGGCCUGCCUCCCGUCCAGCAAGUCCCACUGUCCUUGAAAAAGGAGGUUGACUGGGACAGAUCAGAGGAUGGAGAUGGCCGACGGAGUGUGACGGGUGAGAGCUCCUCCGAGUAUAGACACCCACAUGACCCGGAAGUGUGUCUGGUGGAAGGAGUGUACGGUCCGUCAUGUUUCCCCCGUCAUCGAGGCACACCCUUUGAUCAGCUGAGCUCCAGUAGUCGUUCUUCAACUCCCUUCCAGUACCCGCCCUUCCCUCUUUACCCUCACAGUGAGAGCCUUCUGAGUCUGCUCAGCCAGCAAGGACUGCUGCCUCCACUUCCUCCAGCUGAGGGUACUCUGCGCUGUGCCGUCUGUCUGGCGGGCUUCCCCUCUGCGUGGCUGCUCGAACAACACACUGCGCUGCAACACUCUGGACAGGCUCCAAGGAGUCAUCUUCCUGAGCCUACAGAAGACAAACCGUUUCGAUGCGACCAAUGUGGUCAGAGUUAUCGUUACCGUUCAGCGUUUCUCAAGCACAGAGAGCAAAACCACCGUGCCAGGCUACCGGCCGACAAGCUCUUCACUUGCGAUGUCUGUGGGAUGCAGUUUCGCUAUCUCAAAUCAUUUAAGAAACACCGGUUGAACCACGCAUUGGAGAGGCUCCACAACCCCUUCCACCGUCCCAGCUCAGCUGCCUCUGACAGUCGUCGAAGUGAAAGGAGUGAGAGAAGUGAAAGAAGCGAGAGGAGUGAGCCGAGUGAUAGAAGUGAGGCAAGUGAAAGUGAGGGCGUGAGCACCACAGCGAGGAGUGGGAACGAUGAAGUAACAAGCACCAAUGAGGCAGUUGGCACUGCCCAACCCACCACCCCACCGUACCCUCCAGAGCAAGACGACACCGUGGACUCACUGGCUCUAGCACUGGGCACCAACGAAGCUUCUCUCAUAGGUCUGCUCAGGCUCGGUGCAGAAGAGAGACAAAGAGAGCGGCGCUCUUUUGCCUGUCCGUUCUGUGGAAAAUGUGUCAGAUCAAAAGAAAACCUGAAGCUGCAUGUGAGGAAGCAUACCGGGGAACGCCCUUUUGCAUGUCUCUUCUGUGGCCGAGCAUUCGGAGGCAAGAGCGACCUCACACGACACUUGCGUAUUCACACGGGCGAGCGGCCCUACCAUUGCGAGAUGUGUGGCAAGUGCUUUGCACGCGCAGAUUACCUCUCCAAGCAUCUCACCACGCACAUUCACAACUCUCACCAUCAACGUUAGCCGCCCGAUCGAGCGAUUCGUUCUCUUUAUGCCUAUUAUCUGUAUUUCAAUUAGGAGUGUUGUGAACAAAUUUUCAAUAAUAUCUGUGUUGUGACCAUUUUUAUCUUUACUAAGUGGAAUUAUUUGUGAUAUCGAAGCAUUGAAAACAAGAAUAACACUUAGAAGCGAGUUUUAUCGAAUAAAAAGCGUUGUGUGAUAAAUAUAAAGGCAUUACGAUCAAAUAGUAGGUAAAUUUAACUUUUUGAAUGUAGAUGUUGAAUCGUUAAUUUAUUUAUUUAUUGUAGAUUAUGUAUUUUAUAAGGGAAUGUGGCAUAAGGGCUUAGUUUAGUUUACAAAGGAUAUUUAUGAGAUGGAUUGGUUUGUAGACAAUCGAAGUCAAUCGCGGCUGAUGUUUUCACUGUUUAUCUACCUCCGACAGAACUCUGCUCUACCUCCAUUCAUUCAUGAAUAGAAAUAGUUUAUUGAUAGUUGACAGGUUUAUUGCGUAACAACACAAGAUGGAUCAUUUACAUUUUAGACAUUAGUAAACAAUACAAAGUUCAGGACAAUAUGCUGGUUUCACAUCAAUUUUCUGUUCUGCGUUAAUUUUUUUCUUACAGCACUAUACAACACAUUUUAUCGAUGAAAAUUUGGUUAUAGCUUAGAAGUAAAAUACUGAAUAACUAAAUACUAUUUUGACAACAACAGAGUACAAAUAUCGUAUCCUCAGUUUGGAAUGUGUCAGAUUUUCCACAAUUUUCAAAUAAUUGUAUAAGAUUUGAAAAGUACAAAUAUUGAAUCUACUGUACACAUUAUUAAUAGUAGUUAAAAUGUUAUAUAGAUUUCAUUUUCAUUUAGGGCCUACUUUUACACAUUACUGCUAUUACGUGCUAUUAUUGGAAAUAACAUUCUCCAGAUAUAGGUAAAACACAUUAAGUAUUAUUAUAUUUCGAAAGGUUAUGUGCAAAAAAGUUUCAGUGAUUUAACCUAAUCUGUAUAUAGGUUUUGCCCCAAGAUUUCAAAAUGUUGAAUUUCCAGUUUUAUGUUUGUGCUCUUUACAUAACUUCAUAAACACUUUUUCAUGUUGUUAUGAAGUUCAGAUAUACCUGUAUUAUCUGUUUCUCUGGUCUAGUUAUUUUUUAAUACUCAUUUAAUAUAAUUAUUAUUAAUAAUAUCAGAUUUAAUAGUUUAUUAAUUUGAAAAGUUGUAUUAUUGAACUAUUAAAAGGUUUUUUCCUAUUGUUUUCAAUUAGGUUAAAUUGAAAAAGAAAAUUUGUCCUAUUUCGUUUUUAGACAUUCUCAGCGUAUGGUGUUUAGGAGCAUAGCGAUAAUCCUACAAAAACUGCUACAUUUUUAAUUAGCUCUAUUUUAACCAAUGCUGUUUGAUUUUCUGCAAUUUAGUGAAGAAAACAUAUUCUGAAGCAUUUUUUAAUAUUAGGGGCUUCAAGUUUUUAUCAAAUAUCACUAAUUUUUGCUUUUUGAUCCAAUCCAGUUAAAAGUAUCAUAGACAUUUCUUAACACUAAAAUUGGAAUAGUGAAAGUACAACAAUAUAUCUCUUUUUUAUCUUAAUACUUCUUCAAAUUAAUGAAUCGUUGUGAAAGUUGAGUUUAGUAGCAAAAAUAACAAAAAGUUAUUAAGAAGAAUCUUGGGUGUUAAUCAGAUACUUGUUAGAAGAGAAAACGUCUGCCUCCUGACUUUAAUGGAAAACUACAAAUGAGCAUAUUUUUAUAUAGUUUAAGCUCAUUGUCUGUGCCAAUUUAUUUAUUUUCCAUUGGCCAAUUCUAUUUUUUUAUCACUCUAAAUUAAACAUUAAGGUCAUCUUAAUCAAGCCUUCUCUUGAGCACAUAACAUGAUGCUAAACCCCCUGUACUCAGGUAAAACUAUCAUAGAACAUUCAGAAAACAGUAAUCUGAGACAUGGAAGUCAAAAUUACUUAUUAAACUGCCACCAUGAAAUUAAUAAAAAAAAACAAAACGAAACAAUGAAAAUAGUAAUAGAAACCUGAAAAAAACAGAGAAAAAUUAAUGAUGAAUAACCUAGCACAACGAAUUAAACUUUGAUAAAGUAGAUUUAUAAAUGUUUUAUAUCUAUCUAAAAUUCCGUAGGCCAAAACCAAAAAAAGUUAAUGGUCAAAAGCUUAAAUUACCUUGGGGCACAAGCAUCCUAGACAUUGAUCCUCUUCGUAAGAGGUACUCUGGCCUAAUCAGUCAUUCAAGAAAAUUAGUUUGACUAAAGUACUGUGCUAAUUCACAAAUCAAUUUUAUAUGAAUAUAAUUGCACUUAUCAGGUCAGGACUAUGGCAAAGUAUAACACAUUUGGGGUGAUGUAGGCAGUGAGAGUGAUGAUCGACCUUCACUUUCACCAACUGAAACUUAAUUUUCAGUUACAUUUUAUGUAAAGGAAAUGAUAUGAAUAACCUAUCUCAAAAGUAGAUCUUUUUAUAUAUAAAUUUUGAAUAUAAUUGAUACAUUUUUGAAUGUAGUCAACGAUUGAGUAGUUGUUGAGAACAAUUUAAACAUCAUGGCUAAAGAAGAUAGUACUUCUACUAUAAAAAAUACAACAUUACUUUAAUUUAUUGAAUAGCUACAACAAGGUUAAAUCAUAUAGGAAAAUAAUGUUUUUCAUUAAAAAAUAUUAAUAAUUCUUUCAGUAACUGCUUGAAUUGAAUAAAUGAAAAACAUCCUUAUUAAUACAACAGACUAUAAACUUAAGAGCACCAUUUAUUUUGUGAAGUUUUUUAGGGAUAAAAUGUAUCAUUCCUUGUUUUUCAAUAAAUAAACAAAAUAUCCGAGUAUCAACAGGUAACCAUAGUAAAUACUUUUUGUUUAGAAAAUUGCCUGUUCAUCUAUUUACAGGAAAAUGUAUAUAAUAUCUAAAAAAUAUUUUUUUUAUAAACUGCUAACUACAUGAACUACAAUUAGACAAAAAGCAAAGUAAUAGACAAUUUUAUUUUCAAUAUUUCGAUUAUUAGGCUAAGCUAUCUUGGUGUGGUAUUUCUUUGAGUAAUAGAUUCAUUCUAAAAAAUACCAGUACUGAGUCGAGCGUGUAGAAUUUUUAAAAUUAAAUUAGUAGUUUUUCUCAUUCAACAAUAAAAUAGCACAAUAAUAAGUUAUUGUUUUCUUUACACAUACUAACAAUAAUAAUCUUUUAAUUAAUUUUAAUCUCACAGAAAUGCUAAUGUGGCAAAGAAAUCAAAUCAAUAUAAGUAAUAUUAGUUGAAUGUUGGUUGGUUGCCCAUGUAAUUUUAUCAAGGAGAAAAGUGUGUGUAAAAUUAAAAUAUUGAAUCCAAUGUUUAGGUAUGUAGCGAUAUAGUUUGUUAAAAUCAUUAGUAAUCAAUAAUAUAGAAGUAAAUGUAUUUAUAUUUUUGUAUUUCUACUGAAAAUUUAAAGAUGCAAAUUUACUUCUAUCAAAAGAUUGACGUAACUGCUUCAAAACAAUAUUUUCAGUGGAUCUUUCACGAUGAAACAGAGUACAAAAUACAUUGGUGUAAUUUUUCUGUUGUACUGUAUUUUUAACUUGUACUUGUGGGUACUGUACACUAUUUGUAACUUGUCUACCUCUAUUGCAGUUCGGUAUCCAUCUUGUGUUGUUAUGAUUACAGAUUAAAUGAUUAAACUAAAUCUGUUGCCCACUGAUUGUGGCGCAUUGGUGCUAUGCAUCCAGAAUGCUGAUAUCUUGAUGCUUGAAAAUAAUGUAAAAACAAUAACAUCUGAACAAUCAUUUUGUCCAGUUACAUGGGUCUGGUGAUGUUUUCUUUGAAAACAAAACGCCUCAUGAACAAGAAAACUCUAAAAUUAUUGGGUUGGUCGAUUUAAAAUUAAUAAAGAAAAGAAACCUCUUAUUAAUUAUAGCUAAAAGAUUAUUCCUACAGGAAAUUUGAGACAUUUUCAAGUUACUUUUUUCAAACAAGGCGGGUAGGAAUGGCACUAAAUUAGGGGAUAAAAAUCAGAGUUUUUUUUAUAAUUAGAUUCCAUAAGUAUGAAUGGACUACAUGAAAUCUGAUUGUCUUAGCUUUGCAUCACUAGCGUUAAAAAACACCAGAUUUCACGGUAUGCAAUAUUUUUUCAAUGUUUUCGUUUAAGGCUUAUAAAAAUUUUGUUUGUACACCCCCUUUUAGUUGCAGUGGUUAAAAAGUUUAACCUUUGCAAUUCAAUGACUAUAGAAGCAAUGAGUCAAGAUAAACUUAUUAAAGUUUAAGACUUGUUUUAUUACAAGUGAACAUGAUCCUUAAAUCCAAUUAUGUUCAUAUGGAGCACUUAUGAGUAUAAAAAGAUUUGUUGUUUAACCUUUUUGUAUUAAAGUAGUUAUUAUUCUGUACAAUUCAAAGUAAUUUACACUCAUAAGUGGUUAAGGUAAUUAUUUUUCAAAAUAUAAAUUAUUAAAUCGGAUAGUUCUUUUUUUACCUUCUCUCUUCAGAUGACUUGAUGACUGAAUAUGUAUAAUUAUACAUUAUUCUUUACUGCUUUUGUCUAUCCAUGUGAACUAAUUGUUACUUCAUAAGUUCACUAACUAGUAAAUUUAUUUUUACAUUACGUUUUUAAUAGAAUAAUAAAAUACGGUAAUGAAAAAUGUUUUAAACUUUUUCUAUUAGGAAAGAUUUUUAAACCAUGACAAAUACGAUCAAUUUUGUGAUUGUAAAUUCAUUGAAAUGUCACAAAAUUCUUUAUUUAAUUAUGUUUACAAUACAGUUUGUAUGAAAAUGUUUUCAAUUUCAGGAAAUUGAGGGAAUGUGAUUAAAAGAUAAUAACAUUUUUAAUGUUAUCCCCUUGAUAUUUUCAAGCAAGACAUCAGCAUUCUGCCAUCUCCGUACAAACACAGCUGAUUAUCUAAAACAAAUGGUGGAACAUAAAAAUUAGCUGUAAAACGCUUCGUACAAAUUGAUUGCUCACUGUGCUUUGUUUACUUGAUUGUGAAAAAAUAGCUACUUUAGUUUUUCGGUGUGGUGCCUUUUCCAAACACGACUGUUAGUAGAAUGUCUGUUUUACUAAGUAACUGGAAAAUACUAGAUCAAAUGUCAAAACAUAAUUUACACAAUAAACAGAUCUCAUUUUAUUUAGAAUCUGUGCUUUCAUUAUAUUAAGUUAUUUUUAAUUUUUUAAUACGUUAACAUUUUAAUUAAGUUUUAAUUGGAUGAAAAUUGUCUUGUAUUUGAUCUCCCGUAAGAGUAGAUUUUCAUUUUGGAUCUAGUAUUUUUCUUUCAGUUUCGGUCAUAGUACAAAGUAACAUUCAGCUGAUACGAGCAACACACUUGAAACCGAAAACUGAACAAUAGAACUGCCUGUUACUGCCACCCCCAGCAAUAGCUGCUAGCGGCACUACGCUGCGCGGUGCCGCACGCGACUCUUGUACAAAUCAUGACGAUGAUAUAUAGUACACACAACCUCUUCACUAUUAGUUCCUAGAUAUAGCAACUGUUUUAUCUGUGGUUUGACUAAUUUAUUCAAUUUUGAAGUUAUUUUUUAUUGUUGAUACUAAUAUUUUAGUGUUGUUAUAUAUCUUAAGCUUUGUCUGGUUGUCUUAAUACACUAUUAUCCUCUGUUGUUUGCCAGGUUGUAUUCUUGACAACGUAGUGCAAAUGCGUCUAUAACGUUAACACCUUCUUACAUUUGUGUUAUCUCAGAUAUGUUAAGUGAGCACGAUGCUAUUUUAUAAAUGUCUUAGAGUGUGGUAUUUGCAGUUUUCCGUUGCACUAAGAAUAUUAAAAGCUAAUUUUAUUUACUUCAUUUUCAAGUUUUUAAAAUUGUUUAUGCUUAGCAAUUAAUAAUAAUGAUGGUAAUACAAAUGUCACACUGGAUGUGAAAUGCAAAAUUUCAUAUGCUUUUGUGCUUGUAAAUACAGCUGGAAUCCCAUCAAGUGAGCUUAUAGACAAAAAUAUGAAUCUUGUUUGAAAGGAUUAGUGUUAAAACCCGCUUUGGAAAAGUUCUUUAAGGAGAAGGAGUAAUAUGACAAAUUCAUAGUUUUGACUAGUUUCUUAGUUAUCAAACUGUUUACAUCUGUGAUCUUGUUUCUUCGGCUCAAGCAAUUCCUGCAUUUCACUUUUAGUGGAAACUGUGUUGUUUAUACCUAUCUACUAUUUCAAUAAAGCCUUCAACAAUGCAAAUACAUUUGGCAAGUGCUUUAGGGGUUAACAUUUUUAGAGUGUGCUUUGUAUUGUUAUUCUGUUUAAAUACAAAUAUAACAAGCCAAUAUUACAAUAUUUUAUAACAUUCUGAAGAUUCACCUGAACACACAAAUCAAUUAUCUGUGUGUUUAUCAGCACUUUGUGUAUUGGGGGUUGGUCUACUGAUUACAAAACUAGGUUUGAAUAAUCAACUGUUGUCGCUAGUUCAGAUUUUGAGAGGUAAUACAUAAUCAUUUAUGUAAUUAUAACAAACUUUAGUCAUUUCUGGUUGGAUUGAAGAUUUAAAAUCAAAAUUAGGCAUUUGAUUAUACAUAGCUUCUUGGUUACAUUAUCAUAAACAUUAAUGGUUUAGUUCAUUUGAAUCCUAUCCAAUAUUCACUGCCCAGGCACUACAUUAUACCAAUCUGUUAAUUAGGUAUGUUCUAUGAAAUUUUCAAGAUCAAGUCCAGUACGCUUAUCGUGUGUAGUGUUCAAGAUAAAGGAGGGGAGUCAAAUUUUUUAUAAUUUAACCUAAAAUUUGUAUGUUUUAAGCUAAGUUAGACGAGCAAAUUUUGACAUGUAGCUGAAACUAGUUAUAAUCAUAGCGAUCUAAAUCUUCCUGUUUUGUCUUCAUUCUAUCUUCCUGUUUAAAGCUUCCUUUAUCUUACCUUUAGAAAUUUUGACUUUCAAACACUUGCCAUCGUUGUUCCUGUUAAGGACAAUUAAUACACAGACCUUGAUUUUGCUUUCCAAACAUUUGUUUGAACUAUGAUCCUUGGGUUCACAAUUAAUUCAGUUUAAUUUGUUUUUAAUAGCAGAGAAAAUUAGAUAGUUUGAAAAAAAAAUGCCCUUGAACAUAGAGCAUAUGCUUUUCCAAAUGUUUGUAUGGCAUUGUUGAAGUGUUGAAGGUACUCUCACCAUUUCAAACAUGGUAAUAAAGGGUUGCUAUAGAUCAUUUACUGCUGAUUUUACGUCCUUACUCAUAACUGCUGUUAUUAAUUACGUUGGUGGUUUUGCACUACGUUUAGUUACGAGAAUAUGACUUGUCAAAUUCUCACCUCUAUGUGAUUAAUAUGUAUUUGAAUAUGUUAUAAUGUUUGCAAUUUGAAUGUGUUUUGUUUCAAAUGUUCCGUGUUUAAAAGUGUUAUUUUAUUUAAACAGAAGUUCAAAGUCAGUGUGAUAACGUGUAGCUAUAACUUAAAAUUGGUGUUUCACAAUCCGUAAUACAGUAAAUGUUAUAUGAACUACAUGUAUCCUAAUAAGUGAUCCAAGAACAAACUUAGCAAAACGUUUUACUCUCAUACUCUCAUUGUCGUUAAUAUUGCACCUUUUAGGUGGUAAUUUUGUUUAUUCGUUGUUUUCGGGGCACUGUGGAAAGUACUUUAUUUAUAAUAUUAUUUAUCUUGAUUCUUAUAAUUAUAAAUUAUCAAAUUAUGGAGCGUAAUGUUGAUGUAUUUGUGUAUAUUUACCAAACUCUCAAAUCUCUGUACAUAAUUGUUAGAAUUAAAUGAAAUAAAAACUGUGUAAAUUGUACUUAAAAUAAGUGUUUUUUACAAAAUAGGAAAUUUAAAGCAUUUUGUUAAUUUUUACACAUUUGUAUGGUGUUAGAUAUAGUGAAAGUUGUCUGGACAGUUUUCUCUUUGUCCAUUUCAUUAUGAAAUAUUGUUGUUAAUAGUAUAUAAUAAUUAUUAAAGCAUAUGCUAAUUAGUUACUGCCAUUUUUUAUACAGUAAAGUUCUAUUCUAAUAAGGCUAUUAUAGAAGAUUUCCCGUUUUCUGAUUUAUAACCAAAUGGAACUAAAUGAAACUCAACGAUCAAAUUAAAUAUAACAUAUUGCCUAAAAGUAGGAAAUUUGAGCCAACAGUCUGUGUUGUAGCAGCUGGUGCAUUAAAAUGUUUAGUCAGCCAUUCAGUGGCAAUUGGUUCUUUUUUUCAUACGUUAUAAAAAAGUUUUACCAACACUUAAUUUAAAUUAUUUCUUUUAUUAUUUAUUGAAUAAAUAUUCGCUCAAAUAAGUAUCUCUUAAAAUCUGGCCUUAUUAACAAUUUGCUUCCACAAUGUGCUGCCUCAUCUAAUACUAUGUCUUACCACUUCCUAAUACUAUUUUACUGUCUUCCCAUUUUAUUCUCAACCUUCCAUCAGACAUUGAGUCAACACAGCAUUUCUUCUUUCUAUUUAUAUAUUUUUUACUUCCUCUUCAUGUUAAACAUACCACACUUUUUCUAAAGUCAUAUAAUGUUAAUUUUUGCAAAAAUACAACAUUACAAAUUAAUCUUAUACUUUAAGCUUACACAGACGUUAACUAAGACACUCACACUGUAUCUAAACAUUGUUAACAUAGUUAAAUCUUUAAAUAUUUUGGCCUUACUAAUAUGGAGAAUUCUAAUUGGUUGUUGAUAGCUUAGUGUUCAGUUAAUCAUGAUACAGCUCAGACUCUUCCAACUCACUUGUACAGGUGGUUAUGCAUUAUUGGCAGUUUCGGUCUAACAUCUGUUAGCUGAAGAUGGCUCUCAACACUGAGGCCCAAAUAUUUGAAAAAAUUAAUUAUGUUAGCAAUGUUUUGAAGCAUCGUAAAUCGGAAAAGUUAGUUAUUUGUUAUCUAUAUAUUCCACAAACACUAAAUUCUUCUCUGUGUAUUAUAAAUUUUCAUCUGUGUUAAAAAAUUAUUUUUAGUCACAAGGGUAUUAAAUUUUUAAUUCGUACUGAGAUUUGUCUUAAAAUUUACCCGUCACAUUAUACACUGGAUAACGUACACUUGCAGAUAAAGCAUUUUUGUGCAAAAGUAAGUUAAAUCCAUCUUGUGUUUAAAAUCCGCUUGAUGUCCUGAUAGCAAGAAGUUGUUUCUAAAAACCUGUUAUCUGUGCACGAGUAUAUUUAACAGGUUUUCAGGCUAAACCUGUUUGCUGAUUUUGUUCAAAUUUAGCAUAUUUUUGCGUAUACAGCCUGGUGAAAGUCAAAAUAGAUUUUUAUAUGUCCUUUUUUCAAUACUUUAUUUUCAUACUCUUUUUUACUUUCUAUAUAUACUUCAAAUUUAACCAUUGUCUGACUCAUUGAUCAAACUAUCAGUGUUUGUAAUAACAUGGCAUCUCUAUCAAGAAUGCAUGUAAAACACUACACACAGCAUAAAUUGGUAUAAAUCCAUCCCAUUAUUUGUGUCAAAAGUUUCUUGAAUACAGUAGUUUUUAAGAUUAAAAAAUUUUACAAUCCAUUAUUUACAAGAUUUUACAAUAACCACAGUAGUACACUUCACAAGAACAAAUUUGAUUUAAGUUAUUUAAGAUUUGAUAUUUAUUUUGAAACCGAUUCUAAUUAAAACAACGUUGAAUAAUAAAGUCUCAUAAGUAAUUGUUGAAGAUGUAAUUAGUAUGUGUUGCUUAAAAAUUUCAAGUAAUAUUUAAGAUAUCAAUUACAAGAAAUUUUAAUAUCCUUUACCCCUGAUUAGUCAUGCAUUUUAUAAUUAAUGGAACUUUAACGAAUUAUGAAUGCUUUUUAAAAAUUUGUCAAUAAUUUAAAAAGAAUCAUUUAUUAAUACACACCAGUUGAACUUAUAAACUAAAGAGUUAGAGGAUAAUAUGGAGUUUGAACCAUUCAGAAAUUAGUCAGGAUAUUGAAAUUAUUCAAAUCCUCUCUCUUAUUAGUGAUUCUUGAAGUUGGCUUAGACUUUCUAAACUUUUCUGAUCUAAUUGAUAGUGAUUGAGAAUACAUUAUACUAGCUAUACUAUUUAAUAGAUGAAGUUCAAGUUCGUACCCAAUUUCGGCAGUAUUAAUUCAGUGAAUAAGUUAAUUUUUUAUUUACUAUGGAUAAAGUGUUUUAAAACUCAAAUAUAAUGUUCAAGGGACAAAAGAGAAAAGUGUUCAGACAACUUAGAGAGGUAAAACUGGUGAUAAAGGCUUACGGGAUGCAAUAAUCUAUAGCAAUGUCCUGACGUGAUAAUAGUGAUAGUGAUAUGAUAAUAUGGCGGCGGUCCACCGUCCGAACAGUGCUUCCUCCAACGUUAGCUAGGGAGUGUAAAUUGUGAUAUCGUACCGACCGAAUGUUAGUAACAAAUUAGCAACGAAUGUGAUACAAAUAUUUAUUGACAGUCUAUUGCCAUAAAUUGUUAAUGUUGCCAUAUAUAGUAGAAGGUCCGGAUACUUAUCCGGACCGAUGGACUGCUCAGUGUGCAUGAUUCUCUCUUUCUCUCUCUCUAUCUUAGUAUUUUUUUUGUUUAUCACGGUGCUAAUGUGUAACCUUAGUUUUUGUCGGAAUACAGCGGCUGACAGUCUCUCGAUGUUUGUAGUUGUUUCUCUCGUCGUUUUACCUGUUGAGUUUCGACGCGACUGGUUGAUGUAACGAAAGGUCUGGAGAUUUGUGAUAUGAUGAUAUAUUAGUUUUUGAUCGGUCUAUACGAAGUAAGUUUGUUAACAGUGUCGAAUCGUGGGAAGUAUUUUGUAGCGUCUGUUUUGUGCGAUUGCAGAGGUAGCUUUUUAUAUACAAAUAUUUUUACAAUGGAGUGCAUGAGAUGAGUUAAUACUAAUGUGUUAUGAGAUAUUUGACUUACGUUGUGUGUAGCCCUUUAACUUAAAAUAAGUACAUCCCCAUGCACUCAAAAGUUGCAAUGGCUUCAGCCAAAGCCCGAGUGAGUUUCUGUCUUCGAAUAUUUGACAAUUUUACAUAGAUAGCUUACUAUGCUGUUAUUUUUUGACCCUUGGAAGAAGCCAUCACAAAUAUCUUUUGUAUUUCACACAUAUUAAAUUAUGGAAAGGGCUUUGGCUGAGACGUUCGAGAUUGUAGGUUGUUUUAUACAUUAGCAGAAUGUUUCUGUUACUUAAUACAAUACUGUGGCUGUGAUAUUAUGUAUAUAUAAUUUAUUUUAGCGUUAUCUACUCUAUACAGUGCAUUAAUUCAUUCUUUAUCUCUUAAUACUACUGAUUUUAAAUUAUACUCAGUUUGCACUCUUAGACUCUAACAGGCAAGGGGAUUUGAGUUUUCUAUUCAGAAUAACUGUGGACAGCUUUUAAGAUAAAAUAGAGUUUGUCUGUUAGUUUUUAAGAGAGAUAAUUUGGACUGACAGAAGAUUUAUUUAUUUUUUUACAAAUAUAUGGUAUCAUAAUUGAUAACUGAUUGUAGUUAGGUAAAGUAAUGUAGUUUCGACUAAAUUUAACAUUUGCAACAUUACUUUGGUUGUAGUACGACUGAUUUGCCUACUUUCUUUCAGAUUAUGUAAAAAUCGGUACAGUUACGUAGGAUUCAGAGAAUUUUGGGUGUACGGGAUGUGUGCCCAUUGCUGUCUCACCUGGUCCCUAUGUGUGCACUGCAAUGCAUUUCGUUCUGGUAUAUUAAUAUAUCGAUGUUUGUGAAAUAUUAAUUAUUGUUAGACGAUUUAUGUAAUAUUUUCGUGUAAUUUAAAGUUGUACAAAGAUUUGAUAAAUCGAUUUAGUAUAUUAAUUACUGGGUAUAGUUAACAGUUUAACAGAUAAAGUUUUAAUAAUUAACAGAUAUUAACUGUAGUUGUGAUGUGAGUUGGGAGCGCGAUUGGGAGAGCCGGGGAUGUUAUCAAUGUGACCUAUAUAUGGAGAGAUGACGACUCAGUGGUGCCACUACCGCGGGUUCUAUCUCGGGUUCGUGUUGGUAACAUCUUCACAACUCCCAUUGCUCCAUGUGAUUUCUGGGCCUUGGUAGUGGAGGUUGUUUACAUGUUUAUAUUUAAGUGUGGUUCGCCAUCUAAUGGUGGGUAUAUGUCGAUUUAAAGAUAGAUUUGAAUGAUAAAUUGUUGUAAAAAUAUUUAUUAUAUUUUAUAUCUCUGUUAAUGAUCUCUUUCUUUUGCUCUGACAAUUUGAAUCACAGCUUUAAGACGGUGAAAUUUUAAUCGGAUUUUAAACUUGUUACAGUAUUUUAAAUCUAUUUGAAAAUAUAUAUUUAAGAAUUUUAAUCUAAUGAAUGUUUUGUUUCAAACAUUUCUUUACCAGCUAUAAAUUACAUAUCGUAUUGUCGUAGGCUUUUCAUGCUUUAUGAGAAAAUAGUUUGUGGGAGCAUUAAUCUCUUUGAUUCUAACACAAUAUUUUAAGAGAUUCAAAUCUUGUGCAAUAUUUAUGUUGAUUAAUAAACAGUGAAACUGUGA